UGCCCAGGUAAUAUUGCACAAUGACAUUUUCAUAUUGCUUUCAACUGCUGACAGAUGUGUUUGUGUUUAUCCUGUUUCUCAAUUGCAUACAUUCCCAAAACUAUAUAUAAUAGUGAAUUUGGAUGAAUGAUUAUUGAAACACUGAUGCUAGAGCAAGACAUAAGUCAGAAGCAUUAUUCCUGCAUUGCAACUAGCAUUCUUGUAUUAAAUAAAUAAAGAAAUAAAAAAUAGCUUGUGUUAGCUGACUCAUGACUCACGGUUGCAACUCAAGCAGCGUCAUAUUAUUUAUUUGAAAUAUAUUAGGCAGCUGAGCUAACUAUUAAUCAGGGGGAAACUUGUGGGCGCAGCUUCAGGGUGUUUCUCUGUGCCUCCUGACAGCAGUGAUAAGAAAUGCCCAGCAAUUCACUCAAACCACAUGGCUCACACUGAUGAUGUCAUAGCUGAGCUGGGACAGCCCCUUCAUUUCAGGAGAGAGAGAGGGAGAGAUAGAGAGUGAGAGAAGGCUAAAAAGCACUCUCUCAGAGUGUGACAGAGAGAAGAAAACAAAUGAUCAUCUUGCACUCUGAUAGCCACUGAAAAAACUGACUUCUGAUCAAUCAGAGAUCUGUGCAAAGCAGAAAGGGAAACUACCCGAACAAGACACGAAGAGAGGGAGGGAGAGAAGGAGCUAAUUUAUGGUAUAACUGUCUGGGUCUGUCUGUAAGGAGUGGCCCACAGUCGACCAGAAGGGAGACUGACCAUCUCUGUUAACCAUGGGCAAAUCAGCCUCUAAGGUGUUUGCUGAAGAGGUGCUGCACUCCCACAAUGAGUACCGAAGGAAACACCAGGCCCCUCCCCUCAAACUCAGCAGCAAGCUCAGCCGAGAGGCCAGCAGGUAUGCUGAGAGUCUGGCCAGUACGAGGAUCCUGAAGCACAGUGUUGAGUCCAGCAAGGGGAGCUGUGGCGAGAACCUGGCCUGGGCCUCCUAUGAUCAGUCAGGAAAAGAUGUGUCUGAUCGCUGGUAUAAUGAAGUGCAGCAAUAUAAUUUUAACCGUCCUGGCUUUAACUCUGGAACUGGUCACUUCACAGCGAUGGUGUGGAAAAGCUCGCGCAAGAUGGGCGUGGGAAAGGCCCAGGCGUCUGAUGGCUCCACGUUUGUUGUGGCCCGCUACACCCCAGCCGGAAACAUCAUCAACCAGGGACAUUUUGAGGCCAAUGUGCUGGCCGCCAGGAGCUGAAGAGAACACCCAGGGAGAUCGAGGCAACAGGGGAGACAACGGAGAAAAAAAGACCCAAAACAAGUACAAGGGAGAAACGAGGAGGAGAGAAAGAAUGCAGUCUGUGAGCCCGUGGGUCCAUGGACCCCAAUCAGCCUGUGGUAAGCUGUGUUCAUGGCAGACGAUAGAAGACUUGAGGUUCACUCUUCAGACAAGUUCCGUGGUGCUGACUACCUACAAGGACAUAUACAUACAUUAGUGAAUGAGUGAUUGACUUGAAAUGACAUGAAACACCCUGCACUCAGUAUUAUAACACAAUCUGCAUUUCAUUCUUAUCAAAAACACUGAAAAUCUGUAUAACUGAACUGUGUGUCUCAAGAGUACAGGCAAACAACAUUAUCUCCUUUGAAAUGACUGUUGACAAAUGAGAACUUGUUUUUACAAUCAUGACAAGUAUUUUGCAAGUAUUUUGAAAAUUUGAAUUAAGCAUUACAAGAUACUAUUUCUCUUCAGAAGUGUUUGUUUGUAUGUAUGGAGAUUUAAGUACUUAGACUGUUGCCACUUGAUGUUGAAUGUUCUAACAUAAGCAUUACGUAUUUAGCAGUGUUUUCUUUUUUGAUUGUCACUUGCACAAAACAUACACUAUGUCACUGUUAUCACAUUGUCACUGAACUUAUUUAAAAUGUAAUCUUCAAUUAAAAACUUGAAUAAGACCAUUGUGAACACCA